GCUCGAGAAGGGGGUGGUGGUCCGCUCGUUCUGGCCCGUUCGGCCAGUCGUGCUGUGGCGGCUGCGAUCGCGCGACGUCAUCCCUGCUCACGCGUUAUCUUUCGCUUCCUUACGACUUCCGGAGAACACGGGGAGAACUUCCAGACUUCCAAUCGUUCACGAGAGGAACGACAGAGACUUUCGCGCCCCCGGAAGAAGCAUCCCCCGUUAAAUGGAAUCGAUUAUCGAUCGAGGAAGGGUUGGAGGGAACGGGAUUAAAAGCGAGACGUGCAAGGGUGUCUCCGGGUUUCAUCGAACCACUUAAAACGAUCUUUUCUCUCUCUCUCUCUCUCUCUCUCUCUCUCUCUCUUUAUCUCGCAUUCGCGAAUCCGAAAAUUUUUGCAGGAUCCCCCUAACAUUCGUGAGAUUCUGAAAAAUAAUUUGCGAUAAUAAGAAGUGCGUUUCUCUCUUUGUGAUUCGAAAAAUCGCGAGAUUCCGUGGAACGAUCUGUCAAAUCGCGAAAAGCGUCGAAGCACGGGGUCACAAGAUCGCGAGAUUCGAAAUGAUAAAAAGAAAGUGUCGAUUCUCGUUGAUCCUGGCUUGACGUUCCAAGUAAUCGCGGAGGGCGGGAAAACGCAAUAACGAGACUCGAGACUUUUCACUUGCUCUAUCGCACCGAGAUUUACGGAAGGAUAAGAGAGUGACGAUAAAAAUAUUCCCGAUUUCCAUCCGACUGGCGGGAUUUACGCGGGCGACUCGCGGAGAAAGUAAAGGACGAAACGAACGAGAGGGAAAGUCGAAGGGAAGGACGUGCCGCGUCGAGACAGCACGAGCGAGGAUUCGUUGUUUCUCGCCCUUGUCGAAAAUCGAUCGCGGCUGAUUAACGCGCGACACCCAAGUCGAAAACGAAGCUUGUGAUGAUCCGACUUCGAUUUGUUUGACUUUGAAAUUUUCAAAGAUCGUAUCGCCAAGAGCGGCGCAUGACGCGAAACAAUUCGAUAGGACAAAUCGCGACGUGAAAAGUAUACGAAAAAGAUCGAUUUGUUUACGAAAAUUGCUUUCCAAUCAAGAGUGCAAAUAAUAUACUUCAAAAUCUACCCGUUCUCUCUUGAAUCGUUGGAUGGAUCGAUUAACAUCUUGUCAUAAUGAACUUCACCGAGGUGCAGCAAUUAUCGGAUUCUCGAAGAUUAUUUCUUCGCGCGAUCCCUACGUGCGACUUCCUUGAUCUCGAGUCCAUGAGCAUGAGAAAUGAAGAUCGAGAGCGAGACAAGCGAUCGCGCAACUUCGUCGUUCAACCGAGUCUUUGUCACUUUGAAAUUCAAAACAAUAUUACGUCGAUACGCCGGGGCAGUCUCGACUUUAAAGCCAGACCACGACCAUCGUCACCGAGCUCGUUAAGCUCUCAUCUCGGUGAAAUUAAAUCCGUUUAACGAGUCGAAAAUUUACUAUUUGAAAGAAGGUACGAAACUGUGUGUGGAAGAGCGAUACGUUCGAUAGUAGCAAAGAAAAUAUAAUAUUAGAAAUAAGAAAAGAAAUCGUGUGUGUCUUAAUAGGAACAAAAAAAUACCAUUACAUAAAAAAAGAAAAAGAGGAAAAGUCAUUUGUUUCAAUAACGACGAAAGGAAUAUUUUAUAGAAAAAAAAAGAAGAAUCGUGAAUCUCUCAAUAAAAACGGAAGAACUAGAGGAGGAACGAGAAAAAAAAGGAGACUCGAAAAUUCAAGGGAAUCCUAACUCUAAAAGAGAAGAAUUUGGUUCGAUAGUCCCGACACGGAGACUGACAACGACACCGAAUGAUUAUUCCGGAAUCUAAGUCUUCCGAUAUUCGCCCGCCUCUCUCAAUUCCGGAAUCGUUUAUCGGAACAACAGGCGUCUGAAGAUAAUCGCAUCGGAUAUAAAGCUUAAAGUCCCUCUUUAAGAGAAUCUUAGGGAGGAUUUGUGUACGGUUCUUCUUUAGCCGGCGUUUGACGAGUGAAAAAGGAAGAAACUUGGCAAGAAUCCGAGAAAUAAUAUAUAUAUAUAUAUAGAUAUAACGUAAGAAGAAUUUCCACAGAGGAAGCGAAAGUGAUCGUUAAAGGGAAUCGACGUCGAUUCUCCCCGGACUAUCAGCUUGCGGGAAGGGAUGCGGAAAAGUGCGUGUUGCGCGAGGAAAGGUCAAAAAGCAGAAGUUCGCGGUCGAUGCGCGUUUACCCGGAAUCGAUGGCGAGAAAUCCGGCCUCUUACCGCGCCGCGAAUCGACGAUGCGUUAAUGGACCGUCGGGGAUCCCAUCUGCGGGGAAUACGGUAAGUACAGAGUAGGGAGUAGUGUUUCGAGAAAUAAAUUUUUUAAAUUUUAAUUGCGCUAUAAUUGGACCGUAAUGGGCGUGAGGAUUCAACUCGUUAGUAAGGAAUCAUACAAGAGAGAUUCGAUCAUUCGAUCAAUGCGAAACAUAAAAAUCUACUCUCGGGCAAAGACGAGCGAAGGAUCGAAAGCUGUUUCAUCUCCGAAAUAGGUGCUUGGUUCGAGAUAAGAGACUCAUCUUGACAGAUGUAACGGGCGAGGUGGAUCGAAGAUCCUAGAUUCCGACGAAGCGAGGACUGUCAAGGAUAGCGUGACACAGGCAGACCACAGCCGGCGGUUAAGAUGCACGAGUGCGUGCCUUGGCCGUUGCUGCUCCUGACCUUGUCGCUUCAGCGGUUAUCGACGGUAUCCUUGAUGCAAUCGAGGAUGCAUAGCGAAGCGGUGUUGAUACCCGGCGACAUCGUCCUGGGUGGACUGUUCCCGGUACACGAGAAGGGCGGCGGCACCGCAUGCGGGCCCAAUAUCUAUCAUCGGGGAGUCCAACGUCUAGAGGCGAUGCUGUUCGCCGUCGAUCAGAUCAAUCGAGAGGAACGGGUGCUGCCGGGGGUCACGCUGGGGGUGCACAUCCUCGAUACUUGUGGUCGUGACACGUACGCGCUCAAUCAGAGCCUGCAUUUCGUCAGAGCUUCUCUGUCCAACAUCGACAUCAGUGUGCUGGAGUGCGCGGAUAGGUCGACGCCCAGAGUGAAAAAGACUGCCAGCGCGGGGCCCAUCUUCGGGGUGAUCGGCGGUUCCUACAGUUCGGUAUCGCUGCAGGUGGCGAAUCUGCUCAGGCUCUUUCACAUCCCUCAAAUAUCACCGGCUUCCACGGCCAAGGCGCUCAGCGAUAAGACCAGGUUCGAUUACUUCGCGAGAACGGUACCACCGGACACCUUCCAGUCGAUCGCCUUAGUGGACGUAGUGAAGAGCGCCAAUUGGUCCUACGUCUCCACCGUUUAUUCGGAGGGCAGCUACGGCGAAUAUGGUAUCGAGGUGUUCACACGCGAGGCGACGGAACGGAACGUCUGCAUUGCGGCGGCCCUCAAGGUGCCCAGCGCUGCGGAUAACAAAGUGUACGAUGACAUCAUCCAACGUUUGAACAAGAAGCCGAAUGCCCGCGCAAUUGUUCUCUUUACUCGGGCGGAGGACGCCCGCGGUAUUCUUGAAGCUGCAAAGCGAUUGAAUCUCAGCCAGCCGUUCCAGUGGUUGGCCAGCGACGGCUGGGGCCGACAGAGCAAGUUGGUCGAAGGCCUCGAAGAAGAGGCCGAGGGCGCCAUCACCGUCGAGCUACAAUCGGAGAACAUCCCCGGCUUUGACGAGUACAUGGCGUCGCUCACUCCCGACAACAAUCGGCGAAAUCCGUGGUUUGGAGAAUAUUGGGAGGAAGUAUUCAGCUGCAAUCUGAGGAGGAACACAGCGACCAUGGAGCGUUUCACUCAGCAGGCAGUAUGGAGGACUGCUAAUUCUGGCAAUCAGAACGUCGCUCUAUGCUCGCCCAAGCUGAGACUCACGGCGGCGAGCGGCUACGAGCAGGAAUCCAAGGUGCAGUUUGUUGUGGACGCGGUGUAUGCGUUUGCUCUGGCGCUUCAUAAUCUACGCCGUGAUCUCUGCCGCGACCGCGAGGAGGGCCUGUGCCCAUCAAUGGCCAACUACGAUCGUGGCGCGUUCUAUAGGAAUUAUCUGCUGAACGUGUCCUUUGUAGACGACGCCGGCAGCGAAGUGAAAUUCGACGAGCACGGGGACGGUCUGGCGCGAUACGAAAUCCUCAAUUUUCGAAAGGGGACGAACAACAAUGGCACGAACGGCUAUCACUAUCGGGUGGUGGGCAAAUGGUACAAUUCCCUGGACAUUCGCACGGAGGAGAUGGUGUGGGCGCGAGGGACGAAGGACAUACCAAUCUCCGCGUGCUCUCUGCCCUGCGAGCCAGGUAUGAUAAAGAAGCAACAGGGUGACACUUGUUGCUGGGUGUGCGAUCAGUGCGAGGCGUACGAGUUCGUCUACGACGAGUACACCUGCAUGGACUGCGGCCCGGGUUUCUGGCCGCAUCUCGACAAACGAGGCUGUUACCAGCUUCCAAUCAAGCAUAUCAGGUGGAGCAGUGCCUUCGCCAUCGCCCCCGCGGUAAUAUCCUGCCUGGGGAUCGUGACAACCCUAGCGGUGGCGUGUCUGCUCUUCCAACAUCGCGACACUCCGGUGGUCCGUGCCUCCGGACGAGAGCUCACCGCGAUCCUGCUGGCGGGCGUGCUCGUCUGCUACUUAAACACCUUCGUGCUACUCGCCACGCCAACCACAGCGACCUGCGUCUUGCAGCGCUUCGGCGUCGGUGUCAGCUUUAGCGCCGUGUAUGGCGCCCUGCUUACCAAGACCAACAGAAUCGCCAGGAUCUUCGAUUCGGCCUCGCGAUCCGCCGUCAGACCGCGUUACAUCAGUCCAACUUCUCAGGUUUGCAUCGCAGCCGCGCUGAUCGCCUUUCAGGUGGUGCUCACGCUGAUCUGGAUGAUUAUCGAGCCACCGGGUACCAGGUAUUCGUAUCCGGAUCGCCGCCAGGUGAUCCUCAAGUGCAACAUCCAGGAUAUGAGUUUCCUGUUCUCCCAGCUGUACAAUGCCCUGCUGAUUCUCAUUUCGACCGUGUACGCGGUGAAGACGCGCAGGAUACCGGAGAACUUCAACGAGAGCAAGUUCAUCGGUUUCACCAUGUAUACCACGUGCAUCAUCUGGCUCGCCUUCGUGCCGAUAUACUUUGGCACCGGCAACGCCCACGAGACGCAAAUCACCACUCUUUGCGUGGCGAUCAGCCUGAGCGCGUCCGUCACCCUGGUCUGCCUCUACUCGCCCAAGGUCUACAUCAUUGUCUUCCAGCCUGAAAAAAAUAUACGCGGCAAAGUCUACAUGGGCAGCACGUUUAAGAAGCAGGGCAGCAGCGCCGGCGCAUCGUCUAUGACCAAAUACACAGGUUGCGAGUCGGCGAGCGAGAACGUACCCCUGCAAAGCGCCCUAACCGCGGCGGUGCGGACGUCUGUAGGGGUCACUGAGAUCUCGUUAACGUCCAGCACCACCAGCAGAACUAAUAACGAGCAAGUGGCGCAAUUAUAGACACACACAUACGUACGCGCACUGUUAUAUAAAUCGUUGAACGCCGAGACGCAUUCAGAAAGAUUAAGAUAAGAAAUAUAUCCUAACCCGUUGAUUCUUAAACUUUAAUUUAACAUAUUAAAGAGAUUAAUAAUUGAAUUAAAAUUUGAAAAUUGACGUUGAAGACGCUGAGCGUUUCGCAUCGUGAUUAUCAUCGUUAUCGUUCACAUCAUUCUAUUAUCAAUCGAGGAUGAGAGAGAAAUGUCGAGAUUAUUGAUCGUUACCAUGAUCGCUGUUGUCGUUAUUGUUACUGUUAUUGUGCAUAAAUUAAUACGCGCAUACACUUAGGACAUACACAUGUACGUGCAUUUAUCGAGAUCAAGCUGAUGUAUCGAGUGAUCCACUAAUUCUAGUCGAGCACCUCACAAUGUAUGAUUCAAUUCUAUUGGAUUGCGCGAGAUAUAUACAUAAAUGUAGUUUUUCGCAUCUCAAUUUCACUUAUUCGUUGAUCUAUUUAUUUGUUUGUUUAUUCGAGGAAGGAUCGUUCAAUGUUCCCUAAGAGAGCGCCUUUCGACGAGAUAAUCGUAUACAGAGCGGACAAUAAAUAAAUGUAUUUAAAGCGAACACAUUUAUCGGACCCCAGUACCGAGUGUAUUAAUCGAGAAUACAAUGUUUCCACCUGGUUGUUUCUCAACCUCUCUUUUCGUACUUGUUUUAAUAAUCGUGACUCACGAAACUGAUCAAACGGUGUUUCGGAGAAAAUUUCAAAUAAUUAUCUAGAGACGUAGCAUUUUUGGAAUGAAGUGAAUAUAAUUUAUCGUUCCUUGAUAUAUCAGAUAAAAAUAUGAUAUAUAUAU